UGAUCGAUCGAGAGAUACAACCGCGGAGACGGACAUGCCAGAUUCUUUUGCAAGAAGUCGAGCAAAGGAACAUGUAUGAGUAUGCAGAAAAGAUUAGAAGUUUGAUGAAGCAAUUGGGCAUUCCCUAUUAGCAAAGGACAGAAAGAAUACUAUUCCACCACUAGGAAACUGCCACGUGCUGUCUCUGAUACCCCGCGUCGCCGGCCCUCGUUGGUAUCGAAAUUGAAUCGGGCGGCCUUGAGACAGACCGAUUCCAUGUGCUACGCCCUAGUCCGGCCCGCCGCCACCCUCCUCAGGCUCCGUCCGAAGCAGCUUCACCGGCGAAGACUCCCGGUCUCCGCCUUCUCCCUAACCUCCUUCUCCUCCUUCUGCGGUAGUCCCAUGGACGACCGCAGUCCUGCCACUAUCCUCGUCCUCUCUGGCAAGUCCCCUCGAGAGGACGCUGUCGCUCUAUCACUCAAAUCGAGGUCGGAUACAGUGAAGCUGAUCGACGAAGAGGGAGCAGAGACUAGGGUUUUACUUGGUUCCGAGGCCGACGACGCCACCUUUGAUCCUCGUUCAUACAUGGACGCCCUCAGCGCAAGCCGGUUCGGGCGGUUCCUCAUAUGGUCCCCGAAGAUUCCCUCCACCCACGACGUCGUUUCCAAGAACUUCGCUGAGCUUCCUCUGGGCACAGUCUGCGUUACGGAUCUGCAGUACAAAGGAAGAGGUCGAGUGAAGAAUGUUUGGGAAUCGCCCAUUGGUUGCCUCCUUUUCUCCUUCACAUUGCAGAUGGAAGAUGGGCGGAAGCUGCCUCUCCUGCAGUAUGUUGUGUCUCUUGCUGUUACGGAGGCAAUCAAGACACUGUGCCAAAAGAAAGGUUUGCCAAAUCUUGAUGUUAGAAUUAAGUGGCCGAAUGAUCUUUAUCUAAAUGGCUUGAAACUCGGUGGGAUUCUUUGUACUUCAACUUAUAGAUCAAAGAAUUUCAAUGUCUGUGCGGGCAUUGGAUUGAACUUGGACAAUGAGAAACCGACUACAUGUUUGAAUGCUGCUCUGCGAGAGAUCAACCCAAGUUCAGUUCGCCUAAGUAGAGAAGAAGUUCUUGCAUCAUUUUUCAAUAAAUUUGAGACUUUUUUAGAGAUUUUCUUGACUGAAGGGUUUCAGCCUCUCGAGGAACUUUACUAUAAGACAUGGCUUCACAGUGGUCAGGAGGUUGUCAUAGAAGAAAAACAAGAGGGACAACCUGAUGAAAAGAUUAUAGUAACAGUUCAGGGAUUGACAUCUGAUGGAUAUUUGUUGGCCAUUGAUGAGGAUGAUAAGAGCUAUGCACUCCAUCCUGAUGGCAAUAGCUUUGACUUCUUCAAAGGACUGGUUAGGAGGAAGUUGGGAUGAAGAGCAAAGCCUACUGAAAUCCUGAAGUUUGCAAUUUUCACUUUCUGAAUGAUCUUAUCAGUAACUCAUUUUCAAAGAUUUUCUCAGCAAAAGUCGAUAAUAAUCUGACUGUUUUAGUAUGGAUCUGUGAAGUAAAACAAAAACUACACAUCUGUAGGUGGUAAUCUAUAGGUUAUUGUUGGGCAAUGAGAGUUAAAAGUGGAAACCUUCCAUGUUCAAAUACUUUUGGUGCUCCUGAACUUUAACAUUACUCAUGUAGUUGGGUUAAUGAAUAUCUUCUUUGUAAAAGUUACUAAUAAUAAGGUGUGUAAAUU